GCCGGCGAGGAUGUGCAGGCCGCGUCCGCCCGCCUGAGGCGACGUGAGGAGGCCGCCAUGGGCUGCCGGUGACGGGCCUCUCCGCCUCCUUCUCCGGCCAUGGCGCCCAUGGGGAUCCGGCUGUCCCCUCUGGGGAUGGCCGUCGUGGGCCUGCUGGGCCUGGGCGUCCUCUACCACCUCUACUCGGGGAUCCUGGCCGGCCGCUUCGCCUUCUUCAUGCUGGGCGGCGGAGGAGGAGAAGGGGAGUCGGCGGCGGCGGCGGCGGGCGGCUCCGAGGCGGCGGGCGGGCCUCCGGCCUCGGGCACCGUGGACCUGCGGGAGCUGCUGGCGGCCUCGGUGGCGGCGGCGGCCCGAGGCGGCGCCGAGGUGAGGCGGGUCCGCGACAGCAACGUCCUCAACGAGAAGGCCAAGGGCAAGACCCGCGAAGGGGCCGACGAGAAGAUGACCAGCGGGGACGUCCUCUCCAACAGGAAGAUGUACUACCUGCUCAAGGCCGCCUUCCCGGGGGUGCAGGUGAGGGUGUAGGCCGCCUUUUCUCGCUCGAGGCGGCGCACAAAAUUCUCCCCCCUCUUUUAAUCCCCACCACAACCACCCUGCGAGGUAGGGAGGCUAAGAGGUGGCGACUGACCCCGGAGCUUCAUGGCCCAGCGGGGAUUCGAACUCAGCUCUCCCUGAGGGCAGCCCUGUUUAGGAAAGCUUUUGAUGUUACAGUGGUACCUCGGGUUACAGACGCUUCAGGUUACAGACGCUUCAGGUUACAGACGCUUCAGGCUAUAGACUCCGCUAAUAGUAGAAAUAGUAUACAGUGGUGCCCCUUAAGACAAAUGCCUCGCAAGACGGAAAACCCGCUAGACGAAAGGGUUUUCCGUUUUGGAGGUGCUUCGCAAAACGAAUUUCCUAUGGGCUUGCUUCGCAAGACGAAAAUGUCUUGCGAGUUCCCGCGGGGUUUCCCCCCCCCUUUUCCCAAGCCGCUAAGCCGCUUAUCAGCUGAUCCGCUAAGCCGCUUAACAGCUGAUCGCUAAGCCACUUAACAGCUGAUCCGUUAAGCCACUAAGCCGCUUAUCAGCUGAUCCGCUAAGCCCGCUAAGCCACUAAUACUGUAGCGCUAAUCCACUAAACCGCUAAUGGGCUUGCUUCGCAAGACGAAAAAACCGCAAGACGAAGAGACUCGCGGAACGGAUUCUUUUCGUCUUGCAAGGCACCACUGUAUACUAUCCAGGUACUAUCCAGAAAUAGUACCUUGGGUUAAGAACUUUGCUUCAGGAUGAGAACAGAAAUCGUGCGGCGGCAGCGGGAGGCCCCAUUAGCUAAAGUGGUGCUUCAGGUUAAGAACAGUUUCAAGUUAAGAACGGACCUCUAGAACAAAUUAAGUACUUAACCCAAGGUACCACUGUAUUGUAUUUUAGUGUUCUGUUGGAAGCUGCCCAGAGUGGCUGGGGAAACCCAGCCAGAUGGGCGGGGUGUAAAUAAUAAAUUAUUAUACUAUUAUUACAGUGGUACCUCGGGAUAAGUACAUGGUUGCAGCGUGAGAUGUGGUCAAGGUUCUUAAGUUCCCUAAUUUAUGAGAGCAGAGGACAUGGUGUUUAUAGGCGUAAGGGGUAGAGAUGCAGGCGUAGCCAACAGUGCAGUCCUGUCCAUUGCCUGUUCAGAAGUAAGACUCCUCCUUGGGAGUUUGGUGAGAUGUACAGUGGUACCUCAGGUUAAGUACUUAAUUCGUUCUGGAGGUCCAUUCUUAACCUGAAACUGUUCUUAACCUGAAGCACGACUUUAGCUAAUGGGGCCUCCUGCUGCCACCGCCCAAUUUCUGUUCUCAUCCUGAAGCAAAGUCCUUAACCCGAGGUACUAUUUCUGGGUUAGCGGAGUCUGUAACCUGAAGCGUAUGUAACUCGAGGUACCACUGAGGUACCAUUGAGUCUGAUACUCAAGUGGAUUUACAUAUAAGCUAAACAAGCUAUAGCUUAGGGCCCCACUCUCUUGCGCGUGGGUAGGCAAACUAAGGCCCGGGGCCGGAUCCGGACAGUCCGGGAAUCAGCAUGUUUUUACAUGAGUAGAAUGUGUGCUUUUAUUUAAAAUGCAUCUCUGGGUUAUUGGUGGGGCAUAGGAAUUCAUUCAUUCCCCCCCCCCCAAAAUAUAGUCUGGCCCCCCACAAGGUCUGAGGGACAGUGGACCGGCCCCCUGCUGAAAAGGUUUGCUGACCCCUGCUCUUGGGGCCCCCCCCCCAAAAAAUGAAAAAACCUGGAUGUACAUUUCCAAAAUAUAAGAUAAAAAACAAAUAAAAUAAAAGCUACAUACACCAACAGUGUUUUGUGUUGUGUAGGUUCCUAUGAUGUAAGUCAUGGGCCCCGUCUGCUCCCUAAAAUAUCACUGGUUUGCUCAUUUCUAUAUAUAGGGUGCCUACAUUCUGCAUGUGCAAAUGGCUUGAGAUACCUAUUAGGUCCAUAAAUUACCAUAUAGCAUAUACUCAACACAAAAAGCAGCAACCAUUUGUUGUUGACAAAGGACAGCUGGAUACAUAAAGGGCCCCAUUACCGUCAGCAGCUUACGGCCUCAUCUCACCUAAAUCCGGCCCUGCUCAAGCCCAGUGAUUCUCAAGCUUGGAUCCCCGGCUGUUGUGGGACUACAGCUCCCCUCAUCCCUAGAAUUGCAAGGUCUGUCAGCCAGAGUCGGGUGCAAAAGAGGUACCACAUUUUUCCGUGUGUGAGAUGCCCCCAUGUAUAAGACUAUCCCUAUUUUAUUGAGGGACGCGGGUGGCGCUGUGGGUAAAACCUCAGCGCCUAGGACUUGCCGAUCGCAUGGUCGGCGGUUCGAAUCCCCGCGGCGGGGUGCGCUCCCGUCGUUCGGUCCCAGCGCCUGCCAACCUAGCAGUUCGAAAGCACCCCCGGGUGCAAGUAGAUAAAUAGGGACCGCUUACCAGCGGGAAGGUAAACGGCGUUUCCGUGUGCUGCGCUGGCUCGCCAGACGCAGCUUGUCAUGCUGGCCACGUGACCCGGAAGUGUCUGCGGACAGCGCUGGCCCCUGGCCUAUAGAGUGAGAUGGGCGCACAACCCUAGAGUCUGGCAAGACUGGCCCGAACGGGCAGGGAUACCUUUACCUUACCUUUAUUUUAUUGAACCAAAAAUUAAGAAACCAGUAGUCGUACCUUGGUUCUCGUACAUUUUGGCUCCCAAAAUCCCGAAAAUUCCAGUUUUUGAACAGUUUUCGGAAGCUGAACAUCUGACGCAGCUUCUGCUUGAGUGCAGGAAGUUCCUGCAGCCAAUCAGAAGCCGCACCUUGGUUUUCAAACAUUUCGGAAGUCAAGGAGACUUCUGGAACAGAUUAUGUUUGAGAACCAAGGUACGGCUGUGACUUAGGGUUGCCAUAUCCCUAGAAGUGAGAAUCCAGAUGAUCAGCGGCAAUGGAAAGGCAUUGAGCUUUUCUUUUUGGGUGAACAACCACAAAGCUAUUUAGCUUUUCUGGGGCAAACAUGCGCUCCAACACAGACAUUUGCUAACAAAUGAAAAAAUCGCCAGGGCGGUCAGCCUGCAAUGGUUCCGGCAGCUUCUUCCAGCAGCUUCUUCAUGGCAGCCACAGCAAAUUAAGUUAUGUGCAUUCACCAUCCCUGUAUAAGGCGACCCCAAUUUUUUACUUUUUUUCUGUGUGUGCAAGAAACGUCUUAUACACAAAAAAAUGGUAAUCAGAAUGAAAGAGUGUGAUGUUGCUUCUGAGCCAAGGAACUUUGUUUUCAGAACCAGAACUGCACUGAGCUCAAAGUCCUUGUGCUCAAAAAACUGUUUUCCCUGCUCCCCAUUUCACCAGCCUAGUUUAGGCAGGGAAGGCAUUUUCGUUGUUGUUAACUGAGAACCAGAAACCCUUGCCAAUCUAACAGCCCCGAGACCUGCCAGUAGAUCUCCAAUCUACCUUCCUGCUGACCCCUGGCAUAGAUUUCCCUUGCUUCCCUUGCUUUCCAUUUUCUGUUUGCUUAUCUAAAAUAAAUUGUGUGCUUCAGCAGGGACUGUAUACAUUGGGGGUGGGGGUGGCCCUGAAUAGUCAAAAGAAGUGUACAGUUUAGCUUUACAAGUGUACAUUUAGCUUUACGAGAAAGGUGGUGACUCUCACCUAUGAGACUAAACAGUGUUAGUAUAGUGUUACCUCUGGUUAAGAACUUAAUUCGUUCCGGAGGUCCGUUCUUAACCUGAAACUGUUCUUAACCUGAGACACCACUUUACUUAAUGGGGCCUCCCGCUGCUGCUGUGCUGCCGCCGCGCGAUUUCUGUUCUUAUCCUGAAGCAACCUUCUUAACCCGAGGUGCUAUUUCUGGGUUAGCGGAGUCUGUAACCUGAAGCGUCUGUAACCCGAGGUACCACUGUAAUAGUAAUAGCAUUUACUGAGAGCCUUUUCAUUUAAAGUAUUUAACAUACAAAAUCUUUGGGAUAUCUCUUGGGGGUAGACCAGUAUUACAGAGUUAAAGAAGGACUUGCCUAAUGCGGUGUUUUGGCAAGUCUCCUGUCCCCAUAUGGAUUAAUCCUCCGAAUUUUAUUUGUAUUUCUGAAAGCUGAUACUUCUGUCCAUCUCAAAAAACAUGUGGCUAACUUGUCUGAAUUACUAGAGGGAGGUUCCUUGGGUCACCUCUGCCAAAUGCCUUAGCAGUUGCUAUGUCCUUGUUUUUGGAAUGCCCAUAGACAACUGGGAUAGCUGUUAGUAGAACAUGAGACUCUAACCUCAGGCUCAUGGAUCCAAGCCCCACCUUGGGCAAAGGAUUCCUGCAUUGCACAGGGUUGGAAUAGAUGACCCUAGUGGUACCUCUCAAUUCUAUGAUCUCACAUUAAGACUUUAUUGAGCUGUCUUUAGAACACUUUAUAAGAUCCCCAUGUUUUUUCAGUGCAUUUCUCUGAUAUUCUGAUAAGCAGAGCACUUCUAGAAGCAGGGAGGAGUCAAGAGUCAAUAUCAAGGUGUUUCUCUUUUUGAUAAUGGGGCAUUAUGCUCAUGUAAGAGCCUCCUGAUUUGCAGACUUCUGAACGGAUGUAUUUCUGUGGCCAUUUGAGUACAGUGGUACCUUGGGUUACAUACGCUUCGGGUUACAGACUCCACUAACCCAGAAAUAGUACCUUGGGUUAAGAACUUUGCUUCAGGAUGAGAACAGAAAUCGUGCUUCGGCGGCAGCGGGAGGCCCCAUUAGCUAAAGUGGUGCUUCAGGUUAAGAACAGUUUCAGGUUAAGUACGGACCUCCUGAACAAAUUAAGUACUUAACCCGAGGUACCACUGUAUAAUCCAUGAGUUCUUUUGAGUACUGUCUGUGCUUCUUACAUUUUAUAGCUAGCUGAUUCUACUUGUUGGCAGGCUGUAACGAGACAUGAUGUGGACAUAAAGCUGCAGGACAGGUUUUCUCUAGUAACACAGCAACCUUCUCUAGUACGGUUCCUGACUACACUCUGUGAUGACCUGAUAGAUAAAUUCAGCUUUCCUCUAUCCACACAUAUAACAGCUGCAACAUCAAUAACUGGAGAGUUUUGCUUUUCUACAGACACUGCUUUUGUGCUGUGACCAGUGGUAUCUCUGUCGCAAAGGAUUCUAUUUACACUAUCUCCUUCUCUUGAAGAGACCAGGCUUGCAUGCUACAGUAGUGCGCAAGAGCCUUUUUGUUUGAUGUAUUACUUAACAGUUUCUGCCACGUUGACGCUGGUUAGUUGCACCCUGUUUCUGCUGUGUUUAUGCCCAAUACAGUCUAUACCAGGCAUCCCCAAACUCGGCCCUCCAGAUGUUUUGGGACUACAACUCCCAUCAUCCCUAGCUAACAGGACCAGUGGUCAAGGAUGAUGGGAAUUGUAGUCCCAAAACAUCAGGAAGGCCGAGUUUGGGGGUGCCUGGUCUAUACUCACUGGUGGCAGCUCUCCAGGAUUCGAAACCGUGUUCUCUCUCAUCCCUAACUGAAGUUGUUGGGUUGGACCUUGGACCUUUUGCCUGCAAAGAGCUAUGGCUCUUCAUCUGUGAAUGUCAUAUUCUCAUACUUUAAACCUCCACUGCUACUGCUUCCCAUUCCCCAUCCCUCUAUUUCAGAGUAUGACAGGUAGAAGAACUUAGUUAUACAAUAGGGACUGCUCAGGGUCUGAAUUGUGAAAUGCACACUAGGGGUCUGAAAGAAUCCACUUAUCAAAACAUCUGUGUAUUACAUGUGAUGUGACACCCACACCCAGUUUCAUUUCAGUUUUGACUUUAGCACUGCCUUGCUGCUUUAAGCCCCACAUUGGGGAAUUAUAUUAAUCCUCUUCAGGCAUUGUUAGCACUGAAGAACGCAUGGGUGGGGAUGAAUGGACUAGCUGUUCCCUUCAUGCGUUAGAGGGCAAACCUCUGAAACUUUGAGCCUCCUGGACUCCCUGCCUGUUUAGAACCCUUAAAAUCCACAAAGACUGGAUGUUUCUCUCUUCAACUCGUAGUGAGCAAAGAGUGGGGCAUGGAGUCAUUCAUUCCCACUGUUGCUCCUCAUGUGUGAACAUGGAAGAAUCCAUUAAGAUGCUCAUUUAACAGGUGCAAGAAGAAAGCUAACAGUUACAGUGGUCGUGUGUGUGUGUGUGUGUGUGUGUGUGUGUACACACAUACAGUCAUACUUUGGGUUACAGACGCUUCAGGUUGCGUUUUUUUCGGGUUAAGGGCCCACCAAAACCUGGAAGUACCGGAACAGGUUACUUCUGGGUUUCAGGGGUUGCGCCUGCGCAGAAGCGCUAAAUCAUGCUUUGUGCAGAAGUGCCAAAUUGCAACCCGCGCAUGCGCAGACGCGCUGCUGCGGGUUGCAAACGUGCAUCUCACACGGAUCACGUUCACAACCCGAGCACCCACUGUAUAUGUGUAUAUAUGUGUGUGUACACACACACAUAUAUAAAUGUAUAUAAACAUGUAUGAAUUGGGGGAAAGAAAAUUUUCUGUAAUUCUUGAAUUAUUAUGAACAAAUACCAUAAACAUUAAAGGAUUGACUCUUGCAUUUUGCUAAGCAUGCUCAAAUCCGGUCAUUAUUUCAUUGGAUUUGGGUUUAAACCGUUUGGUAAAUAAUGUUGCUACUGGGUUUUCUUAUUGCUACAUGGGAAUUUCGCAUUCUCAACUGUCUCAAGUGAAUGCAAUCUCCAUCUCUGGGAAUCUUAAGCAUGGCAGUUUGGCGGUUGUGGAACUUCGGUGAAGUUGGUAAAUAUAUCCUGACUGCGUAACAGAUGAAACAGAUAUAUAUAUAAGUGUGUGUAAGACAUUGUUGCACUGUGGAGAAAUUCCCUUUCACUGGAUUACCUAAUCUGAAUUGAUCUGAACUCGCUUUGGCAUAUUUGUGCAAAGCAAAAUAAAAAAUAAGGUGUCUUUGGGAUUAAUAGAUCCCAAACUGUUUCCCCCCAUAGGCCACAUGAAAAUUGCUGAGAGUCUUGGCUUAAUGAUUGUUUUGCCUGUUGUAGCAACCGUAGUGCGCUGUGCCUGAUGCAGGAUGGUUUUAAUUGGUUACUUUAUUUUUUAGAUGAUAUUUUAUUAUAUUACAAUUUGCAUUUCACAAAACCUGUAAGAGUAGGUGUACAUGCUUUUACUGCAUUUCAUAGGUGUUCUAAUUUUUAAUGGGUUAAGUUUUUGGAUACAUACUGUGUGAAAAACAAAUGGCACGCUGUGAAACAAAACUGUUUGGGAGAAGUAUUGAAUUGGCAUAGUGAAAUUUAGUGGAGUUUUUGAGCAGUCACGUGUAAUCAUUAAAAUAUUGUAUGCAUGCUCUUUUGGAGGUGAAAGUUCCAGGGAAGGAAUGGAAGUGUUGCAACAGUUACAUGCUUAUUUAAUUACAUACUCUCUCUUUGUCAUUAGAUAAACACAGAGGAACAUGUAGAUGCAGAUGACCAGGAGAUAAUUUCUUGGGACCGAACUAUUCCUGAAGCUAUAAAGAACCAAAUUCAGCCUAAAUUGGUCCAAGCAGACAGUGUUACUGUGUGGAUUGAUCCGUUGGAUGCAACUCAGGAAUAUACAGGUAACCAGCACUGAGCUACUUUUGGCUUACUGCUACUCUGUGUAGCACCCCACCCUCUACAAUGGCAUCUCACAAGGGCAGCUCCCUAUCAUGACUGGGGGGAAUUAACUUUAACAUUGUGCUUGUAUGCUAUGGCUCAUACACUUUAAUUUUACAAAGCCUAGCCUUUCUCUGGGGGACGCAGGUGGCGCUGUGGGUUAAACCACAGAGCCUUGGACUUGCCGAUCAGAAGGUCGGCAGUUCGAAUCACCGCGACGGGGUGAGCUCCCGUUGCUCGGUCCCUGCUCCUGCCAACCUAGCAGUUCGAAAGCACGUCAAAGUGCAAGUAGAUAAGUAGGUACCGCUCCUGCGGGAAGGUAAACGGCCUUUCUGUGCACUGCUCUGGUUCACCAGAAGCGGCUUAGUCAUGCUGGCCACAUGACCCGGAAGCUGUACACCGGCUCCCUCGGCCAAUAAAGCGAGAUGAACGCCGCAACCCCAGGGUUGGUCGCGACUGGACUUAAUGGUCAGGGGUCCCUUUACCUUUACCUUUAGCCUUUCUCUUAUACAAAAAUUAAAGGAAUUUGUCUGAUCAUGGGAUAGUGCUGCCUGUGGGAAACUACUUUGCACCUUUUAAUGGUCCCAUGGACUUCUGGAGUGAGACGUUUGUGGUUUGCAGCAUAAAUCAGGUUGGAAUUAGAAGACAGUAGGCGUGUUUUUUUGUAGUGAUGCUGGGUGUGGCUUCCCUUCUUUUUUUCCUUUACUUAAUGUGUGGACUUAUUUAUAGAUCUAUGUCACGCUUGAACAAAAAUCUUGCAGGCUUCUGCUUGAAAUGGGGAUUGGGUGUGUGUGACGUGACAUAUUUUUGGAUAGUUCCAUAAACUGCCAGAAGUUGCAGGAUGCUGUCCAAGCUACUUAACAUGGCAACUGAACAAUAGCAGCCUACAUGGUGGCCUCCAGACAUUGUUGGACUACAACUCCCAGCAUUCCUGACCAUUGGCCAUUCUGGGUUCUGUUGUCAUUACGGCAAGGUUCAGAUGUUAACUCCAAGCUAUUGUUUUGAUCUAGCCCUGUUGGAGCAAGCCUUGUGCUCGCAUAAUCCCUGUUUCUCCUUCUGUUCACUCAUUUGGGUUCAUGUCAGUCACGAACCAUAGUUUGCCAUUACCUCCAAAGCACAAUGGUUUCUGCAAAAGGGGCAGUAAUUAAGUUGAAGGAAUGAAUGUGAGCAGAGGAGGGGGUCCUUUUUCCUUUAACAGAAGGCUUUUUCCUUUAACACCAAAUCAUUACACUAAACCAGCUCCUUGAGUAAUGAAACAAAUCAAUAUUUUAAAUAUUUCAUUAGCAUAAUUUCUUCUGGGAUUUGGAGUAAAGGGGAAACAAUCUAAGAACUCAAAUAUGCAAGAGAGUUAAGCUGUUGAACACGAGAGAAUAAUUGGUGUUCAAUUACUGCCAUCUUAAGUGCAUUCUGAUUUAUGUUGAAACUUCUGCUGGAUAUUAAAUCCAGACUGUGUUUUGUGUUGGCUCUUGUGCAUAGGUUAAGUAAAUACAAUAUCUGAAGCCUGGGAUUGAAAGGGGGAAGAGCAGAAUAGGACUGUGUACUUACAGGAAUACUAUUCAAUCAAAAUGAUAUAAUACACAAAUACCCAAAGUUAGAUUUACUUUCUAAUUUUGCACCUUUCAGGUUGGUGUCUUGCCUUGUCAUAUCUGGUUUAAAAGUUAGUUUAGUGUUGUGCUUUACGCUGUACAAAUGAGAAGUGUUGACAUUCUUCCUAUCCUCCCUUCAGAGAAUCUUCGACAGUAUGUUACUACUAUGGUCUGUGCAGCUGUAAAUGGUAAGCCAGUAAUAGGAGUAAUACACAAGCCAUUUUCUGGAUACACAGGUAUGUGACAUAGUUUUAUUUCCAUUCACAAUGGUGUGAAUAGUGAUGUAUGAUUCCUAACCCUCAGCAGGGUAAAAUGGAUUGAUUUUAGAAUGCUGUAUUAUUUUACUGUUGUUAGCCGCUCUGAGCCCAGCUUUGGCUGGGGAGGGCAGGAUAUAAAUAAAUUAUUAUUAUUAUUAUUAUUAUUAUUACUAUGGUUGAUGCUGUGGCACCUUAUAGGUGCAGGGCUGGGCGAUGUUAGAUUUUCAACAUUGCGAUGUAUCACCAGCCAGACAUUGCGGUUUAGCGAUAUACCGCGAUGUUGAAACAAGCUGCCUUGGCCCCAGCCUGCUAGACGUAGGGUGAAACUGCCACAGCUCUCACCGCCGGAGCUGGGGCCCCCUCACCCCAGCGCCUUGCAGGCUAGGGCCAAUGCAGCUGGUCCAGGCCACUGCUCAGCGGGGGGGCGGGGGGAGGAGGGCUCUCCCCACCCCAGCUAAGCGACCCCUGACACCUCAGCAGCAUCGGGCUUCACGCACCUGGGGCAUAGAAGAAGUCUCUCCCCACCCCAACUGAGCGACCCGAUGCGUCUGAGGUUUUGGGGUUGCUCAGAUGGGAAAGGGCAGUUUCAUGGAGGCCCCACUCCACUGCCGGCUGGGGCAAGCCAGUGCCGACCUGGGGGCUCUGUUAAAUGCUUGGCUGAAGGGAAGUGGCAACCGGGCACCCCUCAGCCCAGCAGUUUAAAGAUGCGGAGGGAGGAACAAGCUGCAUCAGUGCCUCGCCGCUGCACCUUGUUUCUCCCUCUGCUCCGUCUGAGGGCAGACCGUGAUAUCGGUUUCACUCAGCGGUAUAUCGCUGGUGAAACUGCUGUGCAUAGCUGUCAACUUUCAGAUUUGAAAAUAAGGGAUCAGCAGCCUCGAAAAUAAGGGAUCAGCAGCCUCACCUGUGCCGGGGACAGUCUACGGGAUAGCUGACAAUCCGGGAUAGCAGCGGGAAGCAGUGGGAAACAGUGCUGGAAUAAGGGAAUUUCCUGCAAAAAAAGGGAAGGUUGACAGCUAUGCUGCUGUGCUUCUGAGUCCCUCUGCUAGCAGCACCCUCUGGAUGAAGUUGCGCUGCUAGCAGAGACACUCAGGAGCGCAGCGGUUUCAUGAGCGAUAUACCACUGAGUGAAACCAACAUCGCGGACUGCUCCUCAUACCGGUCCUGGGCGAUAUAUUGAUACAUCGCCCAGACCUAGUGUGGUGCUGAUAACGCCAAGGUUGCAGGUUCGAUUCCUGUAUGUGACAGCUGCAAAUUCCUACAUUCCAGUUGGACUAGAUAAUCCUUGGGGUCUCUUCCAACUCUACCAUUCUGUGAUUCCAUUUGAGAUGUGCUGGCCAAAGGAAUGGCAUGUAUGCAUACUAGAUACCGAAAGAUAUAGAAUCAUAGAACUGUAGAAUUGGAAAGGGAUCAUCAAGUCGAAUCCCUGCAAUGCUGAAACCUGGAACUGGGCUUGGUGGCUCUUCCUGAAAUUCAGGAAGAAAUAGGAAUACAGAAGCAUAAGGGUUUUUUUGCCAAAUACAGCUGGGUAGCCCUGAAAACCCUUAAGCUUCUGCCAAGCAAUUGGAAGGCCCAGCUACCCACCCACUGGCCACUGAUGACAUGCCUGUUUUGCAGCCUGGGCGAUGGUUGGCGGAGGAUCAAAUAUUAAGCCUCGUUCUUCCUACAAUGAGCAGACACCAACAAUCAUUGUCUCCCGUUCCCAUGAAGGGAAAGUCAGGCAGCUUGCUUGGCAGACCUUUGGAAAUAAAACUGCAAUCAUUAAAGCUGGAGGAGCAGGUUUGUUCUCUUGAAUCUAUUGUCCCUCAUUUUAUUUAUGCAGAAAUAGUUAGUGCACUGGAAAUGUACAUGGUUGCAGUGUGAGAUGUGGUCAAAGUUCUUAAGUUCCCUAAUUUAUGAGAGCAGAGGACAUGGUGUUUAUAGACGUAAGGGGUAGAGAUGCAGGCGUAGCCAACAGUGCAGUCCUGUCCAUAAGUAAGCUCCUCCUUGGGAGUUUGGUGAGACGUACUCCUAAGUAAGUGUAUAUUGGGUUGCUGCCAUUGUCUUUGGCGAUCCCUCAUAGCCGAGUAAGAUUGUCUACCAUGAACACGGUCUUAACGCUGUGUCUGUAAGUGACUGUGGAGGCCAAUUUUGGAUCCACACAUCCUUGCACUGUGGGAACAUAGGUUUCUGGCCGGGAGUUGAUCACAGUGAGGGUUUCUAAAACAUGCCUUCCUCUUAGCUCAUUUCUUCCUGAGUUUGUGCUUCUUUAAGGUCCAUGACACCUUUGGUAGAGACUAUUCCCCAAUUGGAAUGCUCACAGGCCAGUGUUUCCCAAUUACCCAUGCUUAUACUGGAUUUUUAAAGAUUUGCCUUGAGAACACCAUUAAACCUCUUUUGUUGUCCAUUGGUAUUUUGCUUUCCAUUCUUAAGUUGGGAAUAGAAUACAGUCAUACCUUGGAUCCCAAACACCUUGGUACUUGGACGUUUUUGCUCCCGAAUGCUGCAAACCCAAAAGUGAGUGUUCUGGUUUGCGAACGUUCUUUGGAACCCAAACAUCUGACAGGGCUUCCGAUUGGCUGCAGGAGCUUACUGAAGCCAAUCAGAAGCCGUGCUUUGGUUUCUGAACGUUUUGGAAGUUGAACGGACUUCCGGAACGGAAUCUGUUUGACUUCCAAGGUACGACUGUAGUUACUUUGGAAGAUGAUAAUCAGGCAUCCGAACCACAUGACCAGCCCAAUGAAGUUGAUGUUGAAGAAUCAUUGCUUUGACACUGGUGAACUUUGCUUCUUCCAGUACACUGACAUUAGUUCGCCUGUCUUUCCAAGUGAUAUGUAAAAUUUUCCAGAGACACCAUUGUUGGAAUCUUUCGAGCCUGAAGGCACUUAAUUGAUGUGGAGAGGUGCUAGAUUUUCACUAGGUAGUGGAUCUUUGAAAGAUUAACAGUUUGGGAAGCUGUAUCACCUGGCAAAUUAGUUCAGGAGCGGUUGCCAGUUUAAGCGUUUGAAAUGAUUACGGUUCUCCAGGCAACAGAGUGAUCAAAUAGUUAAUUUAGAAAUAUAAAAUUUCUCGGAGGACACUGUUUAUGGUUGGCGAACAGUAAAAACGUUGCCAUAUCUGAUGGGAGUUAAACUCUUUAGGUUUUUUCCUUGCUUCUGUGAUUACUCUGUAACUACCAAAUGAAAGUAGGUUGCAAAAUGGUCCUGUGUCAGGUUUGCCUUGCAAGGCUGCCCAGUUAUUUCUCUUCACAUGCUGCUGUUCGGCUGUACUAUUACCAAAUUUCAUGCACAACAAAAUAAAAGCAGUAAAAAAUAAAAAAUACUACAAAUAAAAAUAUAAAAAUCAAUAAGUAGUAAAAUACAUACUUUUUUUUAAAACAACUGUCAUUAUAUAAUAUUUUCUCAGACUAAGAAUACCAGCAGCUUUUGGAGUUUGAUAAAUAUGGGUCAUUAGUAGACCAUAGAGUUGGGAGAGUCCAAAACACUGUUGGUGGGUCUAGCAUGCACAAUUCCUCAGUCUCCAUAUCAGUUUCUGGAGUCGUCCAGGAUGCACUGUACCUGCCAUGACAAAGGGUGUGUCCUGCAGAAGCAAAUACUUCUGUUUACACUGAAUCAGCAGGUGUCUCUUGUGCUUUCUUUUGCAGACAGGGAGUCCUGGGUAAGAGCAAACCGCUUCCUUAGUCACACACUUGCAGUGAACAGUGUUCUCUGCCCAAAUCUCCACACUGGUGAUGGUGACCAUGGGUGUAUGUAUGCCAUUACAUAACCCAUGAGAGAGGCUGUAGUUUGUUCAAGUUUUGAUCGAGCUUUCGAACUGUUUAGCUAAACCCAAAGUUUUAAGAAUUUUCUUUGUGUAAAGAAGCAUAGUUUUGCACGGACAGCCUACAGGGAGUAGCUCAAACACACCCACACCUGCUUGUAAAAUAUACGUAAUGAGCUCUCAAUUAUUUCCUACCCAGGAUACAAAGUUCUCUCGCUCCUGGAUGUGCCUGAGAAGGAUCAGGAAAAAGCCGAUGUGUACAUUCAUGUGACGUACAUCAAAAAGUGGGACAUCUGUGCUGGCAAUGCAGUGCUGAAGGCACUAGGAGGUCAAAUGACUACACUGGCUGGGGAGGAAAUCAGUUACACGGGUUCAGAUGGCAACGAAGGCGGGCUCAUAGCUAGUAUCAAUAUAGACCACAGAGCGCUGGUUGAAAAACUCCCUGUAUUAGACAAGGCAUCUCAGAAUUAAAUUCUGAAGAGUGACCAAGUCAAGUCGUGCUUCUGGAGCCUGCAAAUGGUCCUUUAGAGGUGGGGGAACGUGCGUCUGGCCUUUGGAAGAUGGCAGAGGAAUAUUCUUUUGGAAAACUGCAUAGACCCUGGCCGCCUCCUAGACCCUGGCAGCGUUCAGAAGCAAGGUUACUGGGACUCGGUGUCCUUACGCCUCAACAUCAAGCUUUUAAUUUCCGAGACUGUUUCGUGUCCAUAACACCAAGGCCAGAUAACGCUUGGAAGAACACAAGCAAGAUCCGGUUCUGGAAAACACUCACAUUCUGUUAUAGUAUUCUUUGUAUUGUGUGACAAAAGAAAAGAUUGGCUGUGGGUCACUUGAAAUCAGUGGAUAGGUAUUCUUCAUCCCUUUGGGAUACAAAGGUCCAAGAAGGCCAGAUCAUCUUCCUCGGACAAUUGUCUAAUCUUGGGUGCAAUUUGAAAUGGAAAAGGCAAUGUUUGGGUCUAUUUUUAAUGUCUGAAAAUUCAAACCAGCUUAAUGUGGAUGAGAGUGUUAAUAUUUGUGUGGUUUUAUUAUAAUCUUUAAUUAUAACAUUUUCUGUGUGUCAUGUUAAAAGAAAAGAUUUCCCCUUGUACAGUUUCAGCUAUUGGAUAUUGCCAUUCCAAGCUGUCGAAUUUCUUAAAACUCUUUAACAUCCCGCGUUCGAGCUGAUAAAGAAGUCAUUUAUCUUUGGUGAUCAUUUAAUAAGCUACUUGAUAAGAGAGCGAGUGAUAUUAUGAAUUAUGAUUAUGAAUUAUGUGCAGCUGUCUUUACAGGGAAUCUAAAAGUGUCUUCCUGGCUGCCAUAACUGUUACACUGUGUGGACAUUUCCUUUGAAAGGCUGGCCCCAGUUUUUGAUUUGUCAGUUCAAAACUCUCACCCUGUUGUGGUGCUUGGCGGUCAGUCUUCGCAGGAGAGUUGUAGGAAUUUGCCAACGAUUCAGAGGAACAUGAGUGUAUUUGACAACUUGUUUUCUGCCCUUCAGACAUGCCCACCUCUUAAGAAACCAGCCUUUUUGCCCCUUUAUGUUAAAUAAAAUAAAAUAAACCCCUGUAUCAGUGUGAUGAAUAUCUGUGACUGUGAAAAACAAGAUUUUAAGCCUGUAAUUUGCAAAUGAUUAACUGAUGUGAUUAAUCAAGGUUUGCAAACAUAUUAAAUUGCACCCACCACCCCACCAAGCAAAAGCAUAUGAUUUGGGCCUCCUGGGUCCCUGGUGUACUGAUUCACAAUCUCUCCUGGAUGACACAAAGGGCUCUAAAAUACCAUGUUUGAAGUUGCAUAAAGCUGGUUAUCUGAAUGUGGUGGGGGAUGCAACUCAUAAAACCAUGUCUCGUUUUCAGUUUUCCUACAAGGAUUUUCUGGUGCUUUUGGUUAGUAUAUUAACUGGAUCAUUUUCAUUUUUAAAAACAGGUAAUUAGUAACUAACAGCGAUCCUACACACUUCUGCUCAGAAAAAAGUAGUAUUGUCUUCCACGGAGCUUAUUCCCAGUUAAGGUGCAUAUAGUUUUAUAUAGCAGAGUUGAACCAUGGAACUCUCUGCCACAAGAGGCAGUCGUCGCCACCAACUUGCAACUUCCGCUCAGGAUUCUCCCCAGGCUAAGCCCAGCGUCACCCAGCGUGCUCUGCGCCCUCCUCAAAUGCUUUUGCCUGGCUGGGGAGUUUCCUGGAACAGUGAAUCUGCAUUUUCCAAUGCAAUUGUUCAAUAUAAAAUCUAGUCUGGAAACAGAAGAAAUGAGCACUGAACCACUGAUAUAGUACAAGUGAAUUCUUUAUUUACUGCUUUUGCGAGUGUUAAAGAUAAAACCUAUUUGGGAAAGAAAGUACAUCUGCCUUUUCAGUGGACCUUUAUUGUUUGUUUGCAUAUAGUUGCCUCGGUGAUAGUAUCUUGUGUUUGCAGUAGCCAUUGUAACGCCACCCUGAUCAUUGUUUUAUUGUUUAAAGCGGCAUCUUACUGCCUCCAAUGGACAGUGCAAAUGGGUCCUGAUGUUUCCUCCCCUCGUUUUGGUGAAACUGCUUGGAACACAGCUUGUUUCAUCAGAUGAUGUGUCUUCCUGAAAUUCACAUGCACGGUGGUAAAUGGAGAGGUGAGAGAAAUGUGGAAAGAACAGACUGCAAUGGUGACAGACGGGAAUUGCCCCAUCAUUUGCAAUCCAGCAGAAGUCCGCUUGCAGUCUCCCUUCAAAGUUCCUUCCUUCAGGUAGCGCCACGACAUUCUGGGAUCAAAUUAGAAACUGGGGCAACUGCCCCUGGAAAAUAGGAUCACUUGGAGGGUUUGCUUUCCCUGUGGGGUCAUUUUACAGUACAUUUCCCUCUGAAUUCACCUCCCAUAUCGCCAACCACCUAUAAGUGGUGGGCUGACAAAAGCAAUUGUGAUUUCAUUUUAUUUUAUUGGCAGCUGCGUAGGUGAGAUGAGCCCACAGGGCACAAAUGUUGGCAACUCGAUUCUGUGUCUCCAGCUGGCCCUGCCUGCCCCCAGACUCCAGGGGCUGCUCCCCCCCUCCAGAAACUGCCUCUUUCCCCUCAUUUGCCAUGUCCGUUUGUGACAUCACAGGGAGUUGGU